AUGGCAGUGCCAGAGGCGAUGAGAGCAAAGGCGCUAUCGCAGCUCAUCACGGUGCUGAAGGACCUCGAGGAGUUCAAGCGCGUGCCGGAGAAGGGCAGCCUUUACGCCGAGGCGAUGGUGGCUGCGAUGUGCGCUGCAUUCGCGGACAAGGAGUCCUUCCGCGACCAGCUGCUAGGCGUGCUGGCGAACAUUCGAAGCGUCGAUGGAGAGCUGGCGAAGAUCGGCCCCACUGCUCUCGCCACAAUGAAGCCGCAGGAGAUUCUGUCAGCACGGCAGCGACGGGAUCGUGACCGUUUCUUGCGGAAGAGGACCCGCGAGCAGAUCGUGUACGAUGAGAUUAAGAUGCUGUGCGCCACAUGCAAACUUGUUCGGCCCGACCGCCUCAACCUCAAUCACAUUGCACUGGAUUCGGAGGAGAACGGGACCCAGUUCGACUACAACUUUGAUAACUUGUGCCAAUGCAGCCACCACAGCAGUGAGGAUACCUCCAGCACGUCUUCCGCGGACGAGACGACGCCGGAACGGGACAACACCGAAGACGGCCCUACACACUCAUAA